CGGCGGCCAGGGCGGCAGCGGCGGGCGAGGAGAACAGCGCAGCGGGCCCCGCCGCUUUCUGUUUAUACAGUGGCCCCCAGGAGUAGGGGUGCAGGGGCGGCUGGGGUGCUGGAGGGGAGAGCAGCAGAGCAGGCAGGAGCCAGAGGAAGUCCCCCCGCCCCGGGACGCUGCGGGAAAACGGUGAACACCGGAGGGGGCGGGGCGGCUCUGCGGAGGGACGCGGCCGCUGAGGGCCUGGACGGAGGUCUGCAGGUCUGAGGCGCUGAGUGUCGCGGCGGCGCGCCGGCGGCGAGAAUCGGGAGGAGGAGGAGACCGCAAGGAUAGGCCCAGGAGCUAUGGAGUCCAAAGAAGAGCAAACAUUCACCAACAUGGAGAAUGCUCAGAAGGAAAAGGAAGAAAAGCGGCAAAUUACUAAUAAAGAGGAGCCCAUGGCCCUCCCUUUGGAAGCUGAAGAAUACUUGGUGCCUAGAGGAAACCGUAGACGGUUCCGCACUAGGCAGCCCAUUGUGCAUUACAGAUGGGAUAUGAUGCAUAGGCUUGGAGAGCCACAGGCCAGGGUGAGAGAAGAAAAUAUGGAAAGGUUUGGGGAGGAGUUGAGACAGCUGAUGCAGAAGCUGCAGGAAAAGCAGUUGAGUCACAGUUUGCGGGCUGUCAGUACUGACCCCCCUCACCAUGACCACCAUGAUGAGUUCUGCCUUAUGCCCUGAAUCCUGAUGCUUUCCCUCAAGUUCACAGAGAGCCCCUGAUUCCCAAGUUUACACGUUUGUGAUGUACUGUUGGUGUAAACCUUUUGAUGUCACCCAUUCUCUUUGGUCUCCUCUUAUCAGCUUCUAAUUGAAUGUUGUAUUUUUGAUCCAGUUGGUAAGACUUUCGUUUGCAGAAGAAUUUUGCCUAUUGCAUGGAAAGAUGUUCAUUAUAUAUUGUGAAAUUAAUAAAGCAGUUUAAAAAGCUA